GAGCGAUAUUUUUCCUUUUAUUUUUAUUUUUAUUUUAAUUUAUUUAUUUUUUUUUUCUAUCUCUUUCUUUUUCUUUUUUUAAACGUUUUAAAACCGGAAAAAAAAAAGGAUAUUCUUCAAAAUGGCUUCUAAUCUUGAUCAAAAAUCUGUCGAUACCAUUCGUGUCCUUGCUGCUGAUAUUGUUCGCAAGUCCAAUUCUGGUCACCCUGGUGCUCCUAUGGGUUGUGCCCCUAUUGCUCACGUCUUAUUCACAAAGUAUCUUAAUGCCAAUCCUAAGAACCCUUACUUCAAAAACCGUGAUCGUUUUGUUCUUUCUAAUGGUCACGCUUGUGCUCUUCAAUAUACUCUUCUUCACCUUUUAGGUUAUAAUGUAACUAUGGAUGAUUUGAAGAAUUUCCGUCAAUUUGGUUCAAAGACUCCUGGUCAUCCCGAACGUAUUGAUACUGAAGGUGUUGAAGUCACUACAGGUCCUCUUGGUCAAGGUAUCUCCAAUGCUGUUGGUUUAGCUGCUGCUGAAGCUCAAUUUGCUGCUACCUAUAAUCGUCCCGGUUUUGAAAUUUUCAAUAAUUACACAUACGUUAUCCUUGGCGAUGGUUGUCUUCAAGAAGGUGUUUCCUCUGAAGCUUGUUCCCUUGCUGGUCACUUGAAGCUUGGUAAGCUUAUCGCUUUCUAUGAUGAUAACCAUAUCACCAUUGAUGGUGAUACUGCUGUCUCCUUUACCGAAGAUGUUCUUAAGCGUUAUGAAUCUUAUGGCUGGCACGUCCAAACUGUCGGUAACGGUGAUAGUGAUUAUGAAUCUAUUGCUCAAGCUAUUGAAGCUGCUCAAAAGGUGACUGAUAAGCCCUCUCUUAUCAAGAUUAAGACCACCAUUGGUUAUGGUUCUUUGUUGCAAGGUGAAGAGAAGGUUCACGGUGCACCUCUUGCCGCUGAUGAUAUUAAGCAAUUGAAGGAAAAGUUCGGCUUUGAUCCCGAAAAGACCUUCGAUGUUCCUAAUGAAGUUUACGAUUUAUAUCAUAAGCGUGCUGAACAUGGUGCUGAAUAUGAAGCCAAGUGGAAUCAACUCUUUGCUGAAUAUAAGGAAAAAUAUCCUAGAGAAGCUGCUGAAAUUGAACGUCGUUUCUCCAAUACUUUACCUGAAGGUUGGGAAAAGGCUCUUCCUCGUUUCACACCUUCCGAUCCUGCUGUUGCCACCCGUAAGUUGUCUGAAGGUGUCUUGGCUGCGAUUCAAAACGAACUUCCUGAACUUAUUGGUGGUUCUGCGGAUUUAACUGGCUCCAACUUGACUCGUUGGAAGAAUGCUGUUGAUUUCCAACAUCCCUCUACUGAACUUGGUGAUUAUACAGGUCGAUAUGUCCGUUAUGGUGUUCGUGAACAUGGUAUGUUUGCCAUCAUGAAUGGUAUGUCUGCUUAUGGUGGUAUUGUCCCCUAUGGUGGUACUUUCUUGAACUUCUUGACCUAUGGUUGGGGUGCUGCUCGUCUCUCUGCCUUGGGCCAUAUGCGUGUUAUUUACGUGAUGACUCACGAUUCUAUUGGUCUUGGUGAAGAUGGACCUACUCAUCAACCUAUCGAAACCUUGGCCUUAACUCGUGCUACACCCAACAUGCUCACCUUCCGUCCCGCUGAUGGUAACGAAACAUCAGGUGCUUAUUGGGCUGCCAUUACCAACCUUACUCGUCCCUCUGUUAUUGCUCUUUCUCGUCAAAACUUGCCUCAACUCGAUGGUUCUUCUCCUGAAGCCGUUCUUAAGGGUGCCUAUGUUCUCUCUGCUGACAAGAACCCUCAAGUUGUCUUUGUCGCUACUGGUUCUGAAGUGGCUAUUGCCGUUGACGCUGCCAAGAUGUUGGCUCAAAAGAAUAUUGCCGUUCAAGUCGUCUCUAUGCCCUGUUCUGAACUCUUUGAUGAACAACCUGCUGAAUACAAGUUGGAAGUCUUCCCUGCCAGUGUUCCCGUCAUCUCUAUCGAAGCCCUUGGUACAUAUGGUUGGGAACGUUAUUCUCAUGCUCAAAUUGGUAUGCGCACCUUUGGUGCCUCUGGUAAGGCUGAAGACUUGUAUAAGCACUUUAAGAUUACCCCUGAAUAUGCUGUUGAGAAGGCUGAGUCUGUCAUUCAUCAUUUCGCUAAGCUUGGUUAUGUCCCUGAAGUCAAUGCUCAACUUUAAGUAUUUGUAAAAAAAAAAAAAAAUGUAUAAUUUCUUCUAUUACCCUCUUUUUUUUUUUUUUUUUU